GCUGUAGUCGCCGUUAGCUGUACCGUAUGAACCGGUAUAAAGUGGUAUACCGUGAUAAUAUCGUUAUUGUGAAGCCUCUGGUUUAUUCCCACCCUGUCCUAAACAUCCACCUGGAAUAACCUCAAGUCUGACUGGUUUCUUCGAGGAGAACUGGACCCGCUGGCCGGCGUGAUGUACGUCCUGUGCACGCUGGCGGUCCUGACCCUCCACGGCCUCUUUAAGAGCUGGAACAACCGAGCCGUGGAGGCAGGAGGAAGCUCGGAGGCAGCAGCGCAGAGCAACCGUUCAGGGAGGAUUGUGGAGCAGCGAGGAGGGAGGAGCUGCAGGGCUGCAGGGCCGCGGCGGCGAGGAGGAGGCAGGAAGCGAGCGCAGCCGGUCCAGCGGUCCAGCGCUCUGCUCAGCCCGGCGGUCAUGUUCAGCACAAGAAAGACCUGGGACCUUGGCCACGCCCCCUGCCUGCAGGAGCUCUGGAAGAACGACUUCUCAUUGGACGCGAGCUCAGUGGACUUCCUGAUGAGUGAUGGUGAAGACGACGGCUCCUUCCUGUCUCUGCCCACCGCCGCCUUCGCACAACGCCCGUCUCUGAGCGCCGCCGCCUUCGCACAGCAUCCGUCUCUGAGCGCCGAGCUGUCGGAAACAAGCGCACCCAGCCAGCAGCUGCUCAUCCAGAGGGUCACCUGGUCCUGCUGUUGGACUCCCGCCAAUACUCUACAGGACAAAGUGUGUGAGUUUCAGGCCCGUCUUCGCUCUGAAGAAGUCACUCGUCACGUACUGCUACAGCAGCUGCAGCAGCUGCGCGUUCAGGAGAAGACGUGCGUGGGCGCCGGUGGCGUUCAGGCGCCGCAGGAGGAGCGGCUGUCGGCUCCGCCCAACGGUGUGAGGGCGUUGCAGCCAGGUGAACAACCUUCAGAUCGUCUCAGCUGUCCAGAAGAAGAGCAGCUCGUUACACGGCUGCGCACACAGGUGGAGGAGCUGGAGGAGAAGCUGUUGGAUCAGAGUCAGGAGGUGGAGAGACUUCGCUCUGAACUGGGGGCGACAGACCUGGAGAAGCAGCUGGAGCUGCUGGUGGUGGAGAACCAGCGUCUGAAGCAGGAGCUCAAGUCCUGCAGGAGCUCCGACGCUGCUGCAGACAGCUGCAGCCGCUGCCCUCACAGCCAGGAUGCGGAGUCCCUGCGGAGGGAGGUGUCCCGCUGGGAGAGCCAGGCCCGGCAGAGGGAGCGGCGGCUGGCUGAGCUGGAGCGAGAGCUGCUGGAGAAAAGCUCGCGGGCGGAGAGCCUCCGCCGGCAGCUGGACGACGCCACGCGGCAGCUUGAGGAGUCGCGGCGCAGGCACGGCGAGGCCGAGCAGAAACUCUCCCUCCGGCUGCAGCAGUGUGAGGACGAGCUCGCCAGGCAGGCAGCGGCGCCCGCCAGAGUCAAGUACGUGAGCCAGCCGGUGGAGGUGGAGGUGGAGUCGGCCGACUCCCAGCGAGCGCUGGCCGAGCUGCAGGCCAAGAACGGAGGGCUGCAGGAGCAGCUGUCUGUCCAGAGACAGCUGCUGAGAGAGCUGGAGACACAGCUGCAUGAGUCCCAGAGGACCUGCGCUCAGCUCAGGACGCAGCUGCUCUCCGAUCGCGGCCGUCUGUGCAGCCUUCUCUCCAACACCGUCGGCAAGGGCAACAGCGAGGUGGUUCGCAGGUUGUCCAAGAUCCUGGUGUACGAGGGCGAGAUGGAGCGCGCUCAGGGUCAGCUGGAGGUGGAGAUGCAGAACCUGGAGGAGGAGAAGAACCGAGUGAUCGAGGAGGCGUUCAUCAGAGCCGAGAGCGAGAUGAAGGCCGUCCACGAGAACCUGGCCGGAGUGCGUAUGAACCUGCUGAGUCUGCAGCCGGCCCUCCGGACUCUAACCUGCGACUACAACAGUCUGAAGAGGCAGGUGCAGGACUUCCCCUUCAUGCUGGACAAAGCGAUCACAGAGGCCAAGCAGGAGAUCUGCCAGGUGAUCAGCGACGUGAGCUCCACCAAUCAGGAGCUGCUGCGUAAAUACAAGCGAGAGAUGAACCUGAGGAAGAAAUGUCACAACGAGCUGGUUCGACUCAAAGGUAACAUCCGGGUGUUCUGCCGCGUCCGGCCGGUCAGUCAGGAGGAGCAGGACUCCGCCGCCGACGCCAAAACCAUGCUGAGCUUCGACUCGGACGACGACGCCAUCCUCUACCUCGCCAACAAAGGCAAAAUGAUGACCUUUGAACUGGACAAAGUCUUCCCUCCUCAGGCCACACAGCAAGAGGUGUUUCAGGAGGUCCAAUCACUGGUCACUUCCUGUAUCGACGGCUUCAACGUCUGCAUCUUCGCCUACGGACAGACGGGCUCGGGGAAAACCUACACCAUGGAGGGCGUGCCGGACAACCCCGGCAUCAAUCAGCGAGCGCUGCGCCUGCUGUUCUCCGAGGUGACGGAGAAAGCUCCAGACUGGGACUACAAGAUCUCCGUCAGCAUGGUGGAGAUCUACAAUGAGACGCUGCGGAACCUGCUGGGGGAGAAUCCCAGUGACAAGCUGGACAUUAAGAUGAACCCGGAUGGCAGUGGACAGCUCUACGUCCCGGGACUGACCGAGUUCACCGUCCAGAGCCCUGAGGACAUCAACCGCGUGUUUGAGCUGGGUCACAUGAACAGAGCGACAGCCUGCACCAACCUGAACGAACACAGCUCUCGCUCCCACGCUCUGCUCAUCAUCACCGUGUCAGGAUUCAACUCUGCUACUGGAAACCGCACACAAGGGAAGCUGAACCUGGUGGACCUGGCGGGCUCAGAGAGGAUCGGGAAGUCCGGCGCCGAGGGCAGCCGCCUCCGAGAAGCUCAGUGCAUCAACAAAUCUCUGUCGGCGCUCGGCGAUGUCAUCAACGCGCUGCGGGGCAAACACUCCCACGUCCCGUUCAGGAACUCCCGCCUCACCUACCUGCUGCAGGACUCGCUGAACGGAGACAGCAAGACGCUCAUGAUGGUGCAGGUGUCUCCGCUGCCCGGGAACAUGAGCGAGUCGGUCUGCUCACUGAAGUUUGCCCAGCGCGUCCGCAGCGUGGAGCUGAGCGCCUCGUCUUCGUCCUCCAGGAGACAAGAGAACUCGUCCACGUCGUCCUCGCCCACGCACGACAGCGUCGAGCUGGACUCUCCCCCGGUGACCCCCGUCCCCCUCCCCCUCUCUCGGGCCAGCAGCGCCGGCUCCACCCUCUCCUCCACCUCCAGGACCCCCAGCAGCUCCCGCAGGAGGUCCCAGUCCCAGCUGUCCACAGACAGACAGGUAGACAGAGGCAGCCCAUUGGUCGGGGACGGUGGGCAGGACGACUGAAGCUGACGGCCUGAGCGACCUGUGGGGGGGGCGCCUGGGUCUGACCGCAGAGUGUCUGCCAACACUCUGAGGCCCCCAUAAACCCCACCUGCCUGUCCUCGCUGGAUUCAUUACCCUCCUCAGCCACCGGGGGCAGCAAAGCCUGAUGGGAACUUGAGCGAUCGGCGUCUCUCUGUCGCCUGUCAGCAGAGAACAUGGCCAAACGUUUUCCGUGUCUUCUUGCUGUGAUGAUAAACAUUUUUUAAAAGACUUAAAAAUUCAACCCCCCCCCCACUCCCUCCCUCCGUUAAGCAGUAUACGCUCUCCAAUCACAGUAUUUCUUUAAUUGUUUCUUUGUAAAGUUGCACUUUAAACUUUAGAGAUUAUUUUCUAACCCACGAUUCCAGAUGUGGUUGAUUUAUAAUAUAUGCAUAACACGGUUAUAUUAUAUUUAUGUUUGACAUGCUUUAAAUUUUUGUUUAAUUUUCUCUCCUUUUGUUGAGGAAAAGAGUGAGACGCAGUUAACCUUCAAAUGUUGUGAUUCUCAGAAAGUCAGGAAUCCUCCUGUGUAGGAGGCCGUCUCUGUGUCCUCCGUUAUCCAAUCAGGGUACGCCACUGAUACCGAGCUGUCCAAUCAGACGUGAGCAAUACGAAGAACUCUUCUUCCCGUACACGAUUGUGGUUUUUUGGAUCUUCUUCUGUUUCCUGUGGAUGUUUUUUAUUUUUCAUGCUGACGUUGAAGCUUUUGGUUGAACAAAAUAAGGUGUCGAAUCUUCUUCACUUUCCUCGACUCUUUCUCCCCGCUGUGUUCCCGCUGACGUCUCGUCACCUCUGUAUUUAUCUAGGAAGCCACAGGUGACCUUUAACCCCGGCCAGGAGACAUCUGUAGCUGGCGAGCUGGCUGAGACCCAGGCGGAGCGGAUAGUUUAGCCGUAGAUGUAGGAACAGGAAUGCUUAGAAACGCCAUGAGCUCGCUGUGUGUCUGCUUGCUUUGUCUCUCUGCUGUACAUCUCUACAGUUUGCUUCAUUUUGUAUUCCCUUUUUAAUAAACAAGACAUCC